UUCAAAAUCCGAAUGGGAUAAAUUAGUGAAAUGGGUGAUAAAUCAUAAAAUAUUUUUACCAAGUGUUCGUUGGCUUAUUCAAAUGCCAAGACUUUAUAAUGUAUAUAAAGAUGCUCAAAUUGUAGAAAGUUCCGAAGACGUUAUAAGGAGUGA